AGAAAGAAACAAGGUUCGUUUCAUUCAGAGAGAGACGAAAAAAAAACAAACUCCAGAACAGCAGCCUCGAGGUGGAGAAACGGACUCGUAUACCGAAUGGACCACUGCUCAGCCUAAGUUAAAGAAAGCCGGGCUAAGAAAAGCAAGAUUUCAUCCGGAACCAUGGUGGCCGGGUUCUCCAAUUUAUCUGCUAACAGGCGCAUUGUGGCUGGACUUCUGGUCAAUCUGUUGUCCUCCAUCUGCAUCGUCUUCAUUAACAAGUGGAUCUAUGUACACUACGGCUUUCCCAACAUGACCCUCACCCUGGUCCACUUCGUGGUCACCUGGCUUGGACUCUAUAUCUGCCAGAAGAUGGACAUAUUUUCUCCAAAAAGCCUCCCCGUUCGUAGGAUUGUGUGGUUAGCGCUCAGCUUCUGUGGGUUUGUGGCCUUCACUAACCUUUCCCUGCAGAACAACUCUAUAGGAACGUACCAGCUGGCUAAAGCCAUGACCACGCCGGUCAUAAUCCUCAUCCAGACCACCUGCUACAACAAGACCUUCUCCACCAAGAUCAAACUGACAUUGGUGCCAAUAACUUUAGGGGUGAUACUGAACUCCUACUACGAUGUGCGGUUCAACCUGUUGGGUACCGUGUUCGCCACGCUGGGUGUCCUGGUGACGUCGCUGUAUCAAGUGUGGGUCGGGGCCAAACAACACGAGCUCCAGGUGAACUCCAUGCAGCUUCUGUACUAUCAGGCUCCUCUGUCUUCGGUCUUCUUGCUGUGUGUGGUCCCUCUGUUUGAGCCGCUGACUGGGGAUGGGGGAAUAUUUGGUCCCUGGUCCCUGCUUGCUCUGAUGACGGUGCUGUUCUCAGGCGUGGUGGCGUUCCUGGUCAACCUGUCUAUUUACUGGAUCAUUGGCAACACCUCAGCUGUCACCUACAACAUGUUCGGACACUUUAAGUUCUGCAUCACUCUGAUUGGAGGAUACAUGCUCUUCCAGGACCCGCUGUCACUCAACCAGGCGUUGGGGAUCCUGUGCACUCUGGCUGGAAUCCUGUCUUACACUCAUUUCAAGCUUGUCGAACAGGAGGAGGGCAAGAGCCGCCUGGUUCAGAGACCAUAGGCUAAGUCAGCUGUCAAUCAACUGCAUGGCCUCGUGUCAUUGGCCGCCCACCUCGAGGUUCUAUUA